UCCGAUGACUUCUGGAGCGUCCACCACGGGGCCGACCGUCUCCCUCUCCGAUGCUCCCUUUCUCCACAGGGGUUCAAUGAGGCCAGGUGAAAAUGGAUUUUACUAGCCAAAAAAUGGUCUAUGAGAUACCUGGAGAGCCUGCUAUUGUUGUUAAUGGAUUGCCUCCUGUUCCUCCAAAUGGAGAAAAUCUUGGUCUCUGCUCCGCAAUUAUUGAUACUGAUACUGAGUUAUGUAGGAAUGAAGGUUUUGGUCAAUGGCUUGAGGGAAGAGAAGUUCGAAAGUUGUUUGGGAACCAGUUUUAUGCCGGAAAAGUUGACAAAUACGAUAAAAAAAUGCAUUGGUAUAAAGUGGUCUAUGAAGAUGGAGACUCUGAAGAUCUUGAAUGGCAUGAAUUAAAAGAAAUUCUUCUUCCCUUAGAUAUAAAUAUUCCAUUAAAGACGCUGGCAAUGAAUAUCAUAAAUAGAAAACAUUUGGAUAUGAUGAAUAUUCCAUUAACUACUCAGCCAAGAACGGUCACGAAAACAACACAGAAACCUUUCCAGCAGACUGCCAAAGCUGAGGUUCAAGGCAGAAAUGAUUGCCAGAGAAGUGGAGGCAAGGAUCAGAGAAAUGGAGCAGACUAGCAAUUCUGGGUUGGUGUAUUAAUUGCAGAGUAUGAUCAUUGUCUUGGGAAACACUUAGUACUACAUCUAUUUUCGUACAGAUCUAGAAUUUAGUGAAACUUCAUGCUCGUCUAAGCUCUUUUUUCUUACUCUUCUGCAACAAUCUAUCCCAAUAGAAAAAAUGUAGAUGCUUUUGGGUUUUUUUUUUGUGAAAUCUCUUUCCAGCUAAAUGUUGUGUGCAUUUUAUAUGUAAAACCUAUUGGGGCAUCUGAUUUACUUGGGUCUAUGCCAUACUUGUGUAAGUG